ACAUUUUAUGUUGUUUUGCAAUUUUGUCAAAUUGCCACGAUCAAUUUUGUUUAAGAUUCAACAAACAUAGAAAAAAAGAAUGUUUUACCUGUGAAUCAAUGAAUAAUACUGGCGAAUCUAAGACGAAAAAACAAAACAGUUCGAAAAUACGUCACGUAUGAACCUGAUAGUCAGUAUUUCAACCGCUGUUUAGGCGAACUCAUCGAGCACUUCAAGUAGCAAUUUUGUUAAAGUGCCAAACACAAUGGAUAAUCCGGUCCGACCUUGUAGAUUGUGUUUCCACAAUGAGCAAGAUAAUGUUUAUACUUCCAUUCAAGAGGAUCGUGCGAAACUUUCCAAUCAGAUUCGCGAGUGUGUAGCAAUUUUCAAUCUGCACGAUGAUGAUAUUCGUUGCAUAUGCAGAAGCUGCAUAGCAACCGUUAAAUUUAUUGAAGAGUUCCGGACCCUAUGCCACCAGACCAAUGAAUUGUACAACUUCAUUCCAACGCCGCAUUUGAAUGAUAUCAAAAGUGAACAGUAUUACAAUACUGUCAACGAAUUGCACAAUGUCGUACAAUCGAAACGGGAAGCACUUGUACAGGUUGUCGUUGGUAGGGAACAGAUGGAUACAGAAUUCAUUGACUUACCAUCGGAAGAACCUCCUAUAAAGUAUGAAUCCGAAAGUGACAAUGAUGGCAGCUUUCAUCCAAAGUUGCAGCGAGAUCAGUGCGAUGACGAACAUCAGUUUGAGUGUAAGACGGAAAUAGUGGAAAUGGAAGAAAACCUGACGGAGGAGCUAACAUACGAUUCCGAUUUUACUGAUACCUCAGCUUGUCGAAGAAAGUCGCGAAAAUCUAACAGCGAACCAAAACAAGGCCCGCGAUUGACUCUUCAGCUUAAGCUGGCCAUUGCACAGGAAAUUGAGAUGCAUCCGCAAUUGUGGAACAUUUCGAUACCAUGUUCCGCUCAAACAAUCGAUGACACGUGGGCCAAAGUGGCACGUAAAUUUGAAAUCGACCUGUCAACCUUCCGAGGCCACUGGCGACGAAUAAAGGAAAGCUAUCGUGAAUUGAAGAAAAAGAAGAAAAUCCCGGCGAAUUCAACAAACGGACGGUUGCUUGCUAUACUGAGUGAGAUAUACGAUGCCGGCAGAACACAGAUUAAACCGAACAAAGAAAUCGAGCCAGUUGGUACGGUAGGCGAAGGAGAAGAUACAUUUGGAAGUGAAGAAAGGAAGCUGAUUCUAUUGCAAGCAGUUUAUAAGUAUCCAAUCAUUUGGAGCUGCAAACAUUUGGAUUAUUACAAUAAGGAAAUGCGAGAGUCCGUGUGGGAUCAGAUAAGUGCCGGUUUGGGUGUAACUUCGAGUGAAGCCAAGAACUGCUGGAAGAGGUUACGAAUUAUUUAUAAGUAUCGUUGCAAGCGUUUUUCAAAUGGUCAAAUUCAAACCGAGGACCUUAAAAUUGAUCCGUUGUUCGCAUUGUGUCAUGAAAUGUUUGGUGGCAUUACGCAGAAUGACGCGUUCGAUUCGACAACUUCAAAGAGGGACUUUAAAGUUUUCGAUAAUGAAAAAAAAUUUCAGUUUGCACAGAUAUGCUCUAACUAUGACAUCAUUUGGAAUAUUCAACAUCCGGACUACGGUAAAAUUGUCAAGAAGGAUCGUACGUGGGAUGAAAUAGCAGCAAAAAUGAAUAUUUCAAAAGCCGAGGCAAAAUUCCAAUGGUUCCGAUUGCGAGGAGUUUACCGCGGACGUCAUAUACGGCUAAUGGAAGGUUUAGUCACCAGUAACGAUCCUAUUUUGGCAGAUCCUCUCUACCUACUGUUGAAGAAGAUGCUAAGUGAAAAUAUGACAAUAGGAAAAUCGAGCGGAGUUUCGUUGUCAGACGAAGAGCUUCCUAGCAAAUAUUUCACCAGCGUCGAUCAGAAGAUUAAGCUUGUUAAGGAAAUAACGAAGCGUGAGGUUAUUUGGAAUUCUAAUCAUUCCGACUUUCGUAACAUGAAAAUACGCCAAACUAGCUGGCAGCAAAUUGCAUCCCAGUUUAAGGUGAGACCUUUGGUGGCAAAAGCCGAAUGGAUUCGGCUUAAAUCGUUGGUGGGUUCGGAGCAGUCUUACGGUGAAGCCAAUCCAAAAUCAACCGUUGAUAGUCAGUUGCGCAAACUAGUAGAAAAAUUACUGCCUGCAUCUAGGAGAAAAGAUAAUGAAAAUCAAACGACAUGUGAUAAACAGAUGGAAACUGUCGGAGAAGGACCCAAGCGACAUUAUCGGGGAGUUUCGUCCUAUGACGGAGCCGGGUGCGUGAGGAUGGAUCUCAAUGGCACCAUGCGUCAUUGUAAGAUCUGCGAACUCUGCGGGAAGCCAGUCGAGCGAUCCUUAUUCGAGUAUCACAUGAAUCAACAUUACGGACUGAAGCCGUACGCCUGCUCUUUCGAGGGAUGUGACAGCAAGUAUGGCAAUAAGAUUACUAGGAAUCGUCACGAGGUGAUGGUUCACGGAGAGGACGGUUUCAAGUUCACCUGCAGUGAGUGCGGAGCGAAAUUCAAACAGAAAUGCCGGCAUGAUUUUCACUAUGCGUUGAAGCAUAAAAGUGACGAAGUACCGUGCGAUUUAUGUGGCAAGGUAUUCAAGCACAAGAAACUUCUUCAAAAACACAGAGCACUUCAUAAAAGUCAAUACGUGUGCAAAGUGUGCGGUAAGAUUUUACAGAAGAAGUGGACUUUACACGUCCAUAUGCGUGUCCACACCAAGGAAAAACCCUUUCCAUGCGAGUUAUGCGACCAACGGUUUAUGCUGAAGGUUCAGCUGAAAACUCAUUUGCUUAAAAUUCACGGUGUUUUGUUGAAGGACCUCGAAUCUGCGAAAGCUAACCUAGAAAAUAUGAAUGAAUAACGUGGUAUCGAAAACGUGUCAAUAAAUAAUUUGUUUUGUGCUGAUUAAAUAAAUUUGUUUGUUUGUUCAUUGAUUUAAUUCUGUUGUGUUUCGAAGGCGCACUUUGAUCAAAGCAAAUCGGAGAUAUCUUGACACUAUAACCUUUUAUACAUUGAAUUGUUAUCAGCUGACAUAAUGUGGGUUUCAAUGCGUGACAGAUUGAUAUCAAACCCGUAUUCUCAACUUCUUCGUUCGCGAUAUUCACCCUCAUUCAACCAUACGAUUGAUAUGUACACCUUAUGUAUUACAUAGUGGAAACAGAGGUAACCGUCCACUUGUCAUCGAGAUAGAGCAAGUAAAUACAGACAGAGUUUUUCUGCAUUCGAUUUUAGGCAGUUCAGCAAAUCAGUUGGUUUUUC